AUGCUUGACACUGGAUCAAGUCUCUCAUGGAUCCAAACAACAGACUGUCAAACAACCCCACAGCUGUGUAACCAAGCUCCUAAAUUCAACACCUUCCUCUCAUCCACCAUCACCCAUGAGCAGGAAUUGAUUGCCGUCCGGUACACUGAGGGUGUCAUCCGGACCCAGCUCGCCUCAGAUAUCGUCACCCUUGGCACUGCUCCACCACCGACAUAUGUACCUUUGCUUUUUACUGCUGCUGCUGGUUUCGGGGUCAACAACUCUAGUGUUCUUUCGAAUUCGAGUACUACGACUGCCGCUACUAAUGUUCGCGCCCCAUCUACACCGACAACAACAACGACCACAUUAGUCAAAUCUCAUGGUCAAAAGACCACUUCUACAGCAUCACCAGCUACUCCUGCAGGAACAAAUGGAUCACAGGAGACAGAGGAGGCAGCGGAGGAGCAACAAAAUGAACUGGGAUCUAUUUAUUUCUCGGAACGCUUUCGAGGACAGCGAACUUUUGGGUUGACGACCGAUAUCUCUGGAGACCCAUUCUUGCUCGCCAAGGAGGUCAAUGUGCCCGGAUUCCUUGGAGCCAGCCAAAGACGCUUCGAAUCCGACAGUGACUACCCGGUGCACACAUUUUCAGAGAUUGUCAACGAACUCCCAAUCCCCGUUUUCUCACUUGCAUUCACGGAAAGCUGGGGCACUCUAACACUCGGCGGACCGGACCCGAUCUUCUACUCAAAACCUAUCACAUGGAUCAACACCCUUAAAGGCGAAGCCGGCUGGGUCACACACCUCUCCUCUCACAUCGACAUUUACGCCAAAGGAACUGACUCGAUAACCAUCCCAGACUCUGAGACGGAUUAUGUCCGAACAAAUCUGGACCGAGUCUGGUUCGACAGCGGGACGACAUAUAUCUGGGGGGAUGAACGAGCAGUGACACCACUGAACGACUGGAUGGGCGCCCACCCCGUGACGGGACAAGUCAAUUGUUCGACAAUCCCUUCUCUAGGGACGAUUGUCUUUUCGAUUGGUGGGAAUGAGGAGACACCGUUGUUAAGGUUGGAAUUGAGUCCGGCAGAGUAUAUUAUAGGAACGCCGACGUCACGUCAGUGUUUUACGGCGUUGAAUGUCGCGGCGUCGAGUAAGAACCAUUGGAUCUUUGGAUUGCAUGUUAUGAAGGCUUUCUAUACCGUCUACCACUACGAGUAUGGACUCAUUGGCGUCGCACCCUACAACAUUACAGCAAACAAUCCGGGGGGAAAAGCAAUAGUCCCCGGGAUUCAUGAGAUCCUCGACCAAGAAGUCAAAGAGUCGCUGCAGAAGAUGCCAUCCAGUGGUCAAAAAUCUCUUACCUCACCUCCUCUAUCCAUGGCCACCUCUUUCCUCCUCUUCACCUUCCUCACUAUCAUCAUAUAUUGUAUAUUCUAA